GUCUGAUUCUCGUUCUGAAGCUCAUUCGGUCCCGCGGUACCAGUCCACCAGACGUCUGAACGAACACGAUGAGCACCCGAGUUCUGGUCGGAGUUAAACGGGUCAUUGACUAUGCUGUCAAGAUCCGAGUCAAGCCGGACCACACUGGAGUGGUCACAGAUGGCGUCAAGCAUUCCAUGAAUCCCUUCUGUGAGAUCGCAGUGGAAGAGGCGGUUAAACUCAAGGAGAAGAAGCUUGUCAAGGAGGUCGUGGCUGUCAGCUGUGGUCCUCAGCAAGCUCAGGAGACGAUCCGGACCGCUCUGGCCAUGGGGGCUGACCGUGGCAUCCACGUGGAAGUUUCUGGGAAAGAUUAUGAAACACUCGGCCCUCUGCAAGUCUCCAAGAUUCUGGCUGCGCUGGCAAAGAAAGAGGAAGCCAAUCUGAUUAUUUUGGGUAAACAGGCCAUAGAUGAUGACUGCAAUCAAACAGGGCAGAUGACAGCAGCUCUGUUGGACUGGCCCCAGGGAACGUUUGCGUCCGAGGUGACCAUGGAUGGAGAUAUGCUGAAGGUGGUGAGAGAAAUCGAUGGUGGUCUGGAGACCAUAAAGAUCAAAAUGCCGGCCGUGUUAACCGCUGACCUCCGUCUCAACACGCCCAGAUACGCCACACUGCCCAACAUCAUGAAAGCUAAGAAAAAGAAGAUCACUACUGUGAAGCCUGGGGACCUGGGAGUGGACGUGAGCUCACGGCUGGAGGUGCUUAAUGUGGAGGAACCUCCACAGAGACAAGCUGGAGUGAAAGUGGAGACUGUGGAUGAUUUGGUCAUCAAACUGAAAGAAGCAGGAAAAAUAUAGAGGCGGCGGAUGCAGGAGAGCAGACCACCGAUGAAGGUCUUUUGUCACUGGUGAUGGAACAAAAUCCAAUUUAUCUCAGACUUUGAGGCCAGUAAAAUUUGUAACGGCCCCAUCACAAAUCCAGCCCGACGUAGUUCACCAUGUUUGCUCUCUUUGGGGUUUUUAACUGCUGUCUGUUGUUGUGGAUGCUGAGAGACGCUGCUCCUAUGAAAGUCUAUCCGCCCCACAGAGGGGUAACCUGUUUUUCUGUGCAUUUUAUAUUGUAGGAGUCAUUAAUAUGGUCGACAGAAUCUUUUUGAAUGCACUAAUAAGCCAUCAUGUUCACAUGUAAAUAUCAUUGGAUUUGCUCACAUCAUCCUCACUCGACCUGAAGGGACAUGUAAUUUGUUGUGUCAUAAACUCAGUACAGCAUGAAUGAUUCACACGUUCUAAUGACUGUAUUUAGGUUGUUGUUGUUGUUGUUUGAAGUUGAGCAUGAUUUUUGAGCGGACAGUGUCUCUCAGCAUCAGGUCUGAUCAAAAACCAUAAGCGCCUCUGGAUGAGUUCUGACUGUACAGUAUCAUUCAAUGACAAUAAAACAUGUCGUCUUUUUCA